AUGGCGCCCCGCAAGCCUCGCUGCAACUUCAAGGAGUGCAAGGAACCCGCCCAGCGCAUUGUCGGAGACUGCAGCUUUUGCAGUGGCCACUACUGCUCUAAACACCGCAUGCUGGAAGCUCACGCCUGCACUGGCCUGGAGAACUGCAAGAAGGAGUCCCACGCCCGCAAUGCCGAUAAGCUCAACAGCGAGCGGACUCACGUCAUCAAGGGUGUAUGA